AUGACGGCGGGUCUCGCGAGCCUGCCUGGGGAGAUCCUUCUCCACAUCCUCUCGUCAUCACUUAGCUGGUACAUGUAUUCUACAAAGACAUCCGCUAAUUACCAACCCACCCGGUACUUUGCAGUCCUCGACCCGCCCGAGAUCACCACGCUGCAACUCGUCUCACGUGGCUUCUGCAACCUCGCCCGCGACGACAACUUCUGGCGCACGCGCUGCCUGCAGGAAUCCUCGUACCUCGAAGCCCUCGGCCGCCGACGGCGCUUCUCACGAUUAGCCAAGACGGCGACCGCCGCGCGGAGUCUUCUCGGCAAUGGUCGGGGUGGGAGCCUAGGCGGCGACGAUAACGACAAUAACAUUGACACCACAGGAGGAGCGGGUGGGGGGUUAUUAGGUCAUGAUGUGGCCAGCAGCAACAGCAGCAGCUCGGUCAGCCCGGCCUCCGCCGAUGAUGAUGACAAUAGCGCACGGGGGCGAUGGACCGCGGCGGCGGGGCUCACCGAGAGCGAGAGCGCGGCCGACUCGGGCGAGCGGGAGCGUGUGCGGAUCAUGGCCAACUGGGACCCGUGCUUCCCCUCGGAGCCCGUAUCGUGGUACGACGAGUACAUUCAGCGCCACGGGCCUGUGACGGUGAAUUGGUGCCAGUUUGCCUACGACACGAAUCGGCAGAUGCAGAUGCAGAUGCAGAUAGACGGCGGCGGCGCGGGGGGGAGGAGGAUGACGAUGUCGCCUGACGAGAUGAUUGAGGCGCGCGGGGCGGCGCUGUAUUAUCCAGACUGUGGCAGGGAUGGAGCCGGUGAGACGGUCCUCGCCGUGUCGCCCCUGGAUGAUGGCGGCGUGUGCCUGUGGGAUGUUGGGGGCACGAGGGGGAAGAGGGGGGCAAUUGCCGCCAGGAGCAGGCCGGGGAUCCUGUUUGUGGAUGGGCCGGGGGCUGAUAACAGCAUGCGGUCCAAGCGGAUUGACUCGGGCGUUACGGAAUGCGUAAGUGUGGAUAGUUGGCAGCAUAGGGCGUUCUUUGCCGUGCAGAAUCACCUCAUCGAGGUGGACCUGCAGAGGUUGUCGGUCGUCGAUUGCGAGUCAUAUCCGUGGUCCAUCACAGCGCUGUCUGCCGCGAGUCCGGCAGUGCCACUCACCGUCGGGACAAGCCUUGGAAUUCACCUGCAUGACUACAGAUCCCGCAAGCCGCUCCGGAACGAGGCCGGCGAGACGAUAGACGGCUUCGAUCGGAUGGGCGCCAAGGACUUUUACCAGCUCAGCCUGCGCCACGUCUUUGAUGACGAGCCGCUACCCCCCUACGCGCCCCUGUCCCAGCCAGGGCCGCUGAGCAUCCUCCAUCUCCAAGCACCUGGCCAGGAAGUGGACCUGUCGGACGACAUCUACGUGGCGGGCCGAUUCUCUAAUAUCUUGCACUACGAUCGACGCAAGUUUCCCUCCAUCCGAGGAUCUCUCCAUUCGGGGGCGAGGCUUUGCAGCAUGACCUCCCUACCCUACCCCUUUUCAACGCUUGACAGCGAGCUCCGACGUAAAGGCGAGCUUUCAUUGGAGCAGGUCGAAGCAUCCAAGAGUGUUGCUGGGGGGAGGACCUUGAUUGCCUGCGGCGAGUACAACACAAAAGGCUCCCUGGAGAUCUACGGCCUAUCGUCGAGCGACAGCAGCGCGGCUGGGGGCCUGCAGAAUUCCACGUUCAAGAAUCGCCAGACCUCAUCGCAGUCCAAGCUGCUUUCUGUCGUCAACCACGGGUCGCGCAUUGCCUUUUCCGAUGGGUCGGGAUACAUCAAGUGGUUCGAGCGAGACGGCUUCACCGAGGUGCGCCGCUGCAGGAUAGGGCGCAGUGAGAGACCACAGGGCCCCUCCAUCUUUGCGUCCAUGCCCGGCUCGGACGACCUCGCCCGGAAACUGCUCCCGCUUAGGCCAGCGGGUCAUGCCAGCAACGGCCCAGCCAACGACAAUGACUUGCUCUUUUGGACGGGCGACAAGCUGGGGCUGAUUACCUUUUCGGCGCGGCCGGGUUUUAACGCCGAAGAUUUUGAGGAGCUGGUUGAUGUUCCCGAUGCAGAGGCACUGGCUAGGGAGCGCGAGGAGAGGGCGUACAAGGAGAAAAUGCGGCGGGCGCUGGAGAGGCAGGCUGACGAUGUCCGGUUUGUGAGAAACCUCGGUCUCGGCAGCGGUAUAAGGCCUGCCUCUGCGUGA